CUAGCAACUCCCAACCAUUUCCCUCACAGAGAAGAAGACGACGAUAGCCGCUCGAGGCUUUUGCACACAGAAACAAGAAGAUGGUGUCCGGUUCAGGUAUCUGUGCCAAGCGCGUCGUCGUUGACGCCAGGCAUCACAUGUUGGGAAGGCUCGCUUCUAUUAUCGCCAAAGAGCUUCUCAAUGGACAGAAAGUUGUGGUCGUCAGGUGCGAGGAGAUCUGCAUCUCCGGCGGAUUGGUUCGCCAGAAGAUGAAGUACAUGCGUUUCUUGAGGAAGCGAAUGAACACCAAGCCUUCUCAUGGCCCCAUUCACUUCCGUGCCCCCGCUAAGAUCCUUUGGCGCACCAUUCGUGGGAUGAUUCCCCAUAAGACUAAGCGUGGUGCGGCGGCGCUUGCUCGUUUGAAGGCGUAUGAGGGUGUUCCUCCUCCGUACAAUAAGAUGAAGAGGAUGGUCAUCCCUGAUGCUCUCAAGGUCUUGAGGCUUCAAGCUGGACAUAAGUACUGCUUAUUGGGCAGACUCUCUUCGGAGGUUGGAUGGAACCAUUAUGAUACCAUUAAGGAACUUGAGAGGAAGAGAAAGGAAAGAGCUCAGGCUGCAUAUGAGAGAAAGAAACAGUUAAAUAAGCUGAGGAUUAAAGCCGAGAAGGUUGCUGAGGAGAAGCUUGGUCCCCAACUUGAAGUUAUUGCUCCUAUCAAAUACUAGUUUGUGAUUUUGAUCUCAGAAACAAGGAUACUGGAGAAUUGUGUUGCAGUUGAAUUUCAUUUUUCAAUUUUGAUAACAUUUAUCUUUAUUAGUGGACAUGAUACAUCUCUGUAUGCUUCUAGAAUUCUUCAGUUUAGUCAAGUUUUUGAUACUUUUUGUUAUAUCUAGUAGAUUCACGAUGCCUGUUUGUUCCAAAAGCAAAAAUGUCCGAUUCCUUGGCUAUGCAUAUCGUUGUCUGAACUCUGCAGUUGAUUCUCAAGCAUUGGGUUGAAA